UUUUAGGCCUAACUAGCAAUCGUUGACGUUUGCUGCUUCUGUUACCUCGGAAUUCUGUCUCCAUUUUAUUUCUGUACAAUCAUACGGUAUUUAUUCAGAUUUUUGGGGGCGCAAGAUUUAUUCUGUUGGACUGUGGUGCGGCACUAUAGUCAAUGGGAGAGAAGUGGAUGUUUUUACUUUUCGUCACAAGGCAAUGAAAAUCUGCUCAUAUGCAGUCAAGUCACACAGAUUUUGGUCAAGCUGGAUAUCCUCAAUACCCAUUUCCUCCUGGGGCCCUGUCUGGUGUACCGCAGGCCAAUGAGCUGAGCAAGCAGGUGCAAGCAGCCCAACAGCAAGGGAUGUAUGCAACAUCCACAUCCCAGGGCCAACAGUCGAUGGGACCGUCUGCCUCACCUCAGCAGCCCAAUCCCAUGAAUGCCCAACAGCAACAACAUUUGGGAAGAACGGCCCACGUCACGACCAUGCCAAACUAUUAUACUCGGAGCAAUGUGGUGCCUCGUACUCUGCCUGGCAUGGGCCGUGCCCCCCUCACAACAGUGGUGAAUCAAGGUGGAGGUGCAGGUUCUUCAGGGGGACAACAGCCCCCUUCCACUCCUCAGUACAGUCAUACGGUACAGAUGGUGCCUUCACAUGCUUUCCACCAUCAUCCCAUGCAGCCCAUUAUUGUGAAUACACAUCACCAGUUGACUGCACACAAAUGGUAA